UUUCCCUAUUCCUCGUCCAUGUUAUCUUCUCCGUCGUUCGUCCGUGCUUCUAAGUUCUCCAGGGCUGCUUGGGCCCGGACCGCGCGUUUCUCUUCAUCUGCACCCAAAAGCACAACUCUCAAAGAACGGCUCGCCGAGCUCAUUCCUCGGCAACUCGAAACUGUAAAAGCCGUCCGUGCUGAGCAUGGCAAGAAAUCUUUCGGACCGGUCCACGUUGACCAACUCUACGGUGGUAUGCGAGGUCUUCCCGCUCUGAUUUGGGAUGGUUCCGUCCUGGACGCCGACGAGGGGAUUCGUUUCCGUGGUCUCACUAUUCCCGAGUGCAAAGAACGUCUUCCCAAAGCACCCGGUGGCGAGGAACCUCUUCCCGAAGCUCUGUUCUGGCUUCUCCUUACCGGCGAAGUUCCUACUCAGGAACAGGUCACCGAACUCUCCAAAGACUGGGCCGCUCGUGCCGCUAUCCCGGAGUUUGUUCAAGAGCUGUUGGACCGAUGCCCGCCUACCCUCCACCCCAUGAGCCAGUUCAGUUUGGCUGUCACUGCCCUCAACCACGAUUCCGCUUUUGCCAAAGCUUACCAGGAUGGCAUCAGCAAGAAAGAGUACUGGGGUCCUACUUUCGAGGACUGUAUGGACCUGAUUGCCAAAUUGCCGAACAUCGCCGGUCGAAUUUAUAGCAAUGUCUACGGACGGGGUAAACUCUCUACCAUCGACCCCAACAAAGAUUAUUCCCACAAUCUCGCCACUCUUCUUGGAUUCGGUGACAAUGCCGGCUUUGUUGAGCUCCUUCGUCUCUACGUCACCAUCCACAGCGACCACGAGGGUGGGAACGUUUCAGCACACACCGGCAAGCUUGUCGGCUCAGCUCUCUCUGAUCCUUUCCUUGCUUUCUCUGCUUCGCUCAAUGGCCUCGCUGGUCCCCUCCACGGUCUCGCCAACCAAGAAGUCUUGGUCUGGUUGCGUAAGAUGCAGUCCAAGAUCGGCGAAAAUGCUAGUGAUGAGGCUGUCAAAGAGUACGUUUGGUCCACGCUCAAGGCUGGCCAAGUCGUCCCAGGUUAUGGCCACGCAGUUUUGAGAAAGACUGACCCCCGAUAUGUUGCUCAACGUGAAUUUGCUUUGAAGCACCUGCCGGACGACCCGAUGUUCAAACUGGUUGGACAGAUCUAUAACAUCGUUCCCAAAAUCCUUCUCGAGGUGAGCGGCGGCUGGCUGAACUUUUGAACGUGAUAUGCACCCAAUUAUACAGGCUGGCAAAGCCAAGAAUCCA